UAGGCCAUGACGUCGUAGCGCGCUGCUGAGAGUUAGCGUAUAUAAGAGAGUAGCGAUGGUGAGUGUCGCUCAAGCUACCUUCUCCAGUUCUCUUUCUCUGCUCUUCUGUACACCUUGCCUUCCCUCUUCGCUUUUUGUAUCACAAUGUUCGCUCGUACCUUCGCCGUUUUCGUCGCCUUCGCUGCCGCCGUCUCUGCGACGACCGUGACUUUGACGAACAACUGUGGCUACGAGGUCGACCCCGGCUUCUACCCCGCUGCGACAGCCUCUGACGGCUCCUCCACGGGCGGCUUCGCUGUCGCCGCGGGGAGCUCGUCGUCCGUCUCGCUUGACUCCGCCUGGAGUGCAGGAGGCCGGAUCUGGGGCCGCACCGGGUGUGACGCGUCGGGCACCUGCCAGACAGGUAGCUGCACUGGUGGAGAGAACUGCACCGCGCCGGCGGGAAGCGGCGUGACGCUCGCGCAGUUCACGAUCAACGCAUGGAAUAACUUGGACUUCUUCAACCCGAGCACGACAGAUGGCUUCAACGUUGCGGUGACGAUCACUCCCGGAACCGGAUGCACGACCGGCCCCCAGGCUUGCACAGCCUCGGAUGAGGGUGACGGCUGCGGUAUGACAAGCUCUUGCCCGACCGGCACCGACUACACGAUUUCGUUCUGCUGAGCGCAAAAGGCUGCCGUGCCUACCUGGUGCUGUGAAGGAGGAUCUGAAGCACGGUGAUCAUGAAUGGACAAUGGACACUUAUCAGGGACUUCGGCAUAUUGUAUUGUCUCCGUGUUGUACCCUACACCCAGUCAUGUUGUAAUGAACCGUGAUCAUUGUUAUUGACGAGAUGUUCUGCCCUUA